CCCUUACUGCCGAGGACCAGGAACUCUCCCGGCUUUUGCAUAUCAUCAAGCCGCUUGUGCAGAAGUAUGGGCCGCAAUGCACGGAAGAAACGGGCUUUCAAUUGGAUGUCAAGGUCUUGCUGAAAGAUGUUCCCUAUGCCUGCCGUGACCUACGAGUUGACAGUUUGAAGCUGCAUGGUACGCCUGUUUGAGGUUUGGCUGCUCUGGAGUGCCCCGAUAAUUCAAUCUUUGAAUGUGAAAAUAGUGGUAUUCCCGAAAAUGGAGCGCCUGGAGGAAGAGGAAGAGGGACACCGCGAAUUUUGUGAGAAGGCCUGUGAGGCCCUUGAGAAGCUCAUCAAGAAGGAACGUAUUCGCAAACUUUACCUCGAAGAAUCAUUUGAAAAUACCAAAAUCCACAACAAGUUCCCAGAAUACAUGGGGAAAGUCUUCACAGCCCUGGCCGGGAAUACGUCCAUCACCGACCUUUCGCUAGUAACGGUAUCCCACUUCCUAUGGCGCGCCACCCAGUCUGACGACUCGGGCAUGGCUUCCCUCAAAGCCGGCCUCAUCAAAAACAACUCGGUGAGAAGACUCCGCCUCGGAACCAAAGGCGCCUUCCGAGGCACCGAUUUGGCACACCUCGGCGACCUCCUCGAGGAAAAGCGAACCAGCACAAAACUUGAAAUGCUCACUCUCGAGGCCGCCAAGUACCCCGGGUACAGGACCCACCACAUCGAAACCCUCGCCGAGGGGAUCCGGUCCAGCGCCCUCGAAUGCCUCGACAUCCAGAUUCCCAUCGGCCCCGAAUUCCAACACCCCCCCUCAUCAAAGCCUUUCACCAGUCCUUAACCUCAACCCGUCUCGUUCACCUCACCAUCAAAGGCCAAUCGGGCGUCGACUUGUACAUCAAAGACCUUCAGAGCUCGGACUCAAAAACCGACCCACACCAGUUCUACCACACGUCGAUGUCUGACCAGCUGAAGCAUGUGAGACCGGAUCAGACGAACCGCUGGUGCUUGAAUACGACGAUGCCGGAUAUGGCGUUUUUCAUUAGGGAUGCGUUUUAUGUGAGACAUGGGCGGGAGAAUUCGGAUUGCAAAUUUUGUAAGAGGACGGG